AUGGGUCGCAGUACCCAUGAUCGGUCGGGCUCUGUUCUCACCUUGGACGAUUGUAUAUCCCAAGAAGUCGCUGGACUACUGCAGAAUGGUCCAGGGUUUGUACCGUCCACAGGCAGUGUCAGCAGAAGGGACAUGGAGGAUGUGGAGGUCGGCAUUGAGAGGAUGGCAUACUCCCUUCGCUGGUGGAAUAACGCAAUAACCUAUCCGGAUGGUUCUCCUAGUGAUACCCCAGACACGUUCGACAGUAAGAUCUGGCAUAUUAAGGCGCAUGGCUUCGAGCAGGGACCUAAACUACCCAAAGAAGAAGAGUUUCAACUCGCUAAGUUCAAGCGGGACGUCAUGAACGCUUAUCGAGCAGCUCGGGCCCCGCCCUCCAAUAUGUCUCAGUCGGAUCGCACACAGCUAAGGAAGAUCCACGAGAAUAAGUCGGUUAUCAUCAAGAAGUCGGAUAAGAGUAACAAGUUCGUGGCAAUGAAAAUGUCUACGUAUCUAGACAAAGCCGAGGCUCUUCUCUCCGACGAUUCCAAAUUUGAACUUGUCAACCUCACCAUUGACGACUGGGAGAAGGAGACCCGCAAUAUCAUUGAGCGGAUCUGCAAAACCACGCUGGAGAAGGAUCUUUACCAAGCUAUCCUCCCAGGCGAUAAUAAGUUUCCGGAAAUGUAUGGUCUGCCCAAAGACCAUAAAGCAGGAGUGCCAUUGAGACCGGUAGUAUCAGCCUGCGAUAGUCCAGUCACCAAUGUCUCCAUCCUCCUAGAGCGAAUACUCAACCAGUGUCUCAAGUUCAUCCCAGCUCACCUCGAGAAUACAGUGGAAGCAUUGGACAGCAUACGCCAGCAUUACCCCGACCUUCAAGCUCCACCCGGAACCAUUGCAGUGACCAUGGAUGUGGUUGCCCUCUAUCCUAGUAUCCCCAUCGUGGACGGUAUUGAGGCAGUUACCAGAGUUCUGCAGCAGCAUGUCAGUGAUAUCGACACGUUUGGCCUGAGUAUUCUCCAGAUCAAGGAGCUGCUGUCAUUCGUCCUGAGAUCCAAUUAUUUCCGUUUCGGCUCCAUGACCUACCAUCAGAGAGAGGGCGUAGCCAUGGGAUCGGCGCUCCUCUGUCGUUUUAUUCAACACUUCAACGAUGGUAACCCACUGAUCAAAUUUACCCACCAGUCCACAGAAGAAACGGGCUCCAUUGACUUCAUGGACACCACAAUCCAUGUGUCAACAACUGGAGCCAUUUCAUACGAGCUCUUCCGCAAACCAUGUCACAGUGGCUUGGUGGCUGACUACAAAUCCGCCGUUCCAUAUCAACAAAAGUUCUCAAUUGCCUCUUCCGAAUUCCUCCGUGCCUCUCGACUAUCAUCGGAUAAUGAGACGCGCCGGAGGAGUGAAAAGAAGGUCAUCGACGUGCUGAAAUUCAACAAUUUCCCCCAAUCAGUGAUUGACAAGGCCCGGGAACGAGCUGGACGACCGACAGGACCCAAACAGAAAAAGGACUUUCGCACAACACUCAAGCUGCCAUUCAAAACCGAUCACAUCCACAAGAAGGUGCAGUAUCUCAUUCGCAAAUAUCAGCUGAACACCCACAUCAUAUACAAGAAUGCUCGGCUCAGCUCGCGGGUUUGCAGGUCUGCUUUGGACAAGCCCCUAUGCCGCAAAUUCGUUGAUCCACAGCAGCCAAGGAGAAGGGGAAGACCGAAAUCAGCUUGCGUGGCAUGUACAGCAGGGGCAGUGGACUGCACCCGCCGAAACGUGGUAUACCACCUCGAGUGCCGUUGCGGUGAUGACUAUGUGGGUGAAACUGGCCGAAGCGUUGCGACAAGGUCAAGGGAGCACAACGAUAAUGCACGCAACGAGGUCCGAGGGAAGGCGCUGGGUGAGCAUUACCGGAUCUUCCAUGCCGAUGAGCCAUUGUCGCUGGGGCAGACCGGAUUCGCCAACGUCUGUGUGCUUGCGACAGAGCCAGACAGGGCAAGGAGAAGGAUUCGGGAAGCGGUCAAGAUCCGGGACAUGGAGCCUAAUAUCAACACCAGCAGUGGUUGGGAUCUCCUGUGA